UCCGGGCGCCAAAACAAAUGCUUCUGUUGCAACGGGAAUUCACUACUUGUAACGGCGGCUGUUCGCUCACCUAUUCCUAAAAGCGGCCACCAAUGGCAAGAGCCCCACCUCUCAGCCCCUUGUACCACCUUCGACCAAUCGCGUUCGUACGAACUCAACUACUUUUCCCUUCCCCGAUAAGAACCAAACCUCACAGUAUCUCCGGCCUACACGUCAGCUCCGCCGCCACCGACGCAAUGCCCAGUCGCCCUGAGCAUCACCCGUCGCUCGAAAUCAUCGCCGGCGGUGGUGACGGAGCUCGCGACUCGGUCCUCCUGGCUCUCAAGACCCUGACCCGUCCGUACACCCCGUUUCCUAUGAUCGGAUGGAACCGCCACAUGGAGACCAUCUUCGCCUCGUUCUUCAGGUCUCUCCCGGACGUCAGGCUCCGCAGGGAGUGCCUCCGCACCCGAGAUAACGGCUGCGUCGCACUCGAUUGGGUCUCCGGCGACGACCGUCAUCUGCCGCCUGAGUCUCCACUCCUCAUUUUGCUGCCAGGUUUAACAGGAGGGAGCGGGGACUCGUAUGUGAGGCAUAUGUUAGUUCGAGCCAGAAGCAAAGGCUGGCGUGUGGUUGUCUUUAAUAGCCGAGGUUGUGGCGAUAGCCCUGUCACCACUCCUCAGUUCUAUUCGGCUUCGUUUUUAGGAGAUAUGCGUGAAGUGGUGGAGCAUGUUGCUGCUCGGUACCCAAAAGCUAAUUUAUAUGCUGUUGGUUGGUCUCUUGGAGCAAACAUUCUUGUUCGAUAUUUGGGUCAGGAAUCUCAUAGUUGCCAUCUUUCUGGUGCUGUGUCACUUUGUAAUCCUUUCAAUUUGGUCGUAGCAGACGAGGACUUCCAUAAGGGCUUUAACAAUGUCUAUGACAAAGCUCUUGCAAGUUCUCUCUGCAAAAUUUUCAAAAAGCAUGCUCUUCUAUUUGAGGACAUGGGUGGUGAAUAUAAUAUCCCGUUGGCUGCCAAUGCAAAGUCUGUUCGGGAUUUUGAUGAAGGACUAACCCGUGUUUCAUUCGGUUUCAAGUCAGUGGAUGACUACUACUCCAAUUCAAGUAGUUCAGACUCAAUAAAGCACGUUCGCAUACCUUUGCUUUGCAUUCAGGUAUAAUUUCUCCCUGGAAAAGCAUAAGGGAGAACCUGGCAUUGCAGUCUGCUGGUAAUGCAGAAGGAAGGAAAAUAAUAUGUUUUGAAGUGUCGAAUUGGGUGGCCCCUUAGAGCUGAUAUCCGUGUCUCUAAUCCCAACUUACAUACUGUUUGCUUUAAGACUCUCCACCCUCUACUUGUCUAGAUAAAGAAAGAGGCCUGACAACUUUGAAUUUGUUCUUCUGUUUCAUUAAAUAAAAUUCAGCUGAACUGUAUCAAUGCUCUUUUUUUUCCUUAUCAAAUUCAUAUUUAAUAUGCUAUUGUGUUGGAUUGGCCCAAGCCUUCUUUAUGGAAGAAACAAAUAUCGUUUAAAUAUUUUAAAAGAGGAAUGGAAAGGAACGAAGAGUAAAGAACUUCGUUUGGGUGUAUAAUAAGAAUGAAUGGCUAUGAAUACUUUUAUAACAACAAUACUAUUAUGCCCCUGCUUUUAAGUUAUCUUUUUUCUAUUCAUAAAUUAUGCUUUAUUGAGACAAACUGUCAAAUAUCAAUUUCACUCGAGAAUCAUAUCAAAAUCACCCUAACUCCCUAAUUUAUAAAUUUAUUUAUAAUAGAUAUAUACAUACUUUUAAGUGGUUUUGGUGAAAUGAGGGAGAGGGAGGGAGAUGUAGUUUUUUGAAACAAUGUGCAGAGCAACAUAACUUAUUUCAUUGAGUCAUGUGCUUAUAAUAUAGAAAUUACAUUCUUUUAGACAUGGAUGACCUGAAAGUUAUUCCAUUAAAAGCAAUAAAUAUUAAAAUGUGUUGCAAUUGUAGUUCUUAUUUCAUUGAAUCACAAAGUACACACUAAUGGGUAAAGGAGAGAGGAAGAAGAAUCAAAUGCUAGAUUU